GGGAAAUCAAAGUCAGCAGUGGCCUGACCGACACAGUUCAACACCGUUAUCUCAAGGAAGAACUACUUGCCCGAAUUUCUUCCUUUUCAUACUGAAAAAUCUACUCCAUAGUGGGGAAACAGGAAAACCAGGGGAGGGGAUUGGAUUCGCCUUUCAACCUUCCCAUCCCUCGCACUCCCACUUGCCCCUCUCCUUAUUAGAUUUCGUCCGACCACAGCUCCGAUGGAGGGCGGCGGAGACGGCGCCGGAACGGUCAGGUUGAGUGCCAUCAAUCUCACCCCGCCGGAACGGGUCUUCAACAACCUCGACCCGGAUUUCUCCGUUUCCUCUCCGGUCACUCGCCAGAAGUCCGCUGCCGCCAAACAGUUCAUCGAGAAUCAUUACAAAAACUACCUCCAAGGGCUUCAGGAUCGCAUGGAAAGGAGAAGGACUUUGCAGAGGCGAGCGCAAGAGGCGCAGAUACCCAGCGAGGAGCAGGAGAAGAUGCUUAGGAAUUUGGAGAAGAAGGAGACAGAGUAUAUGAGGUUGCAGAGGCAUAAAGUUGGCGUUGAUGAUUUCGAACAGUUAACUGCUAUUGGCAAAGGCGCCUUUGGCGAGGUGAGGCUGUGUCGGUUUAAGAGCACUGGGGAAAUAUUUGCCAUGAAGAAGUUGAAGAAGACAGAGAUGCUUAGCCGUGGACAGGUUGAGCACGUACGAUCAGAAAGAAAUUUGCUAGUGGAGGUUGAUAGUCGUUGCAUAGUGAAACUCUUUUAUUCUUUCCAAGAUUCUGAAUUCUUGUACCUCAUCAUGGAGUAUUUACCCGGCGGUGACAUUAUGACUCUACUAAUGAGAGAAGAUGUCCUCUCUGAAGAUGUUGCACGCUUUUAUAUUGCAGAGAGCAUUCUAGCCAUUCAUUCUAUUCACCAGCACAAUUAUGUACAUAGGGAUAUAAAACCAGAUAACCUUAUACUUGACAAGAAUGGUCACUUGAAACUUUCUGAUUUUGGCUUAUGCAAGCCCCUGGAGAGUAGAUAUUCAUCAAUAUUGUUUGGAGAAGACGACAUCACAACUCAAGAGGCCAUGUAUGAGGGUGAAGGGAAUUCUAGGGGCAGCGAUAGGUCUCAAUUUCCAAUGCCAAAAGAACAACUACAACAGUGGAAACGCAAUCGUCGUGCCUUGGCAUACUCAACAGUUGGAACUCUUGAUUAUAUGGCACCUGAAGUUUUGAUUAAAAAAGGCUAUGGAGUGGAGUGCGACUGGUGGUCUCUUGGAGCUAUUAUGUAUGAGAUGCUUGUAGGCUACCCUCCCUUUUGUUCAGAGGAUCCAAGGAUGACAUGUCGUAAGAUUGUCAAUUGGAAAACAUGUUUGAAAUUCCCUGAAGAACCAAAGGUACCAGAAGAUGCCAAGGACCUGAUAUGUCAUUUGUUAUGUGAUGUUGAAUCAAGGUUGGGGACUAAAGGAGUAGAAGAUAUAAAGGCACAUCCGUGGUUUAGGGGCAUCGAAUGGGAUAUGCUUUAUGAAAUGGAACCUCCGUACAAGCCUAGAGUUUCUGGGGAAUUGGACACACAAAAUUUUGAGAAGUUUCCAGAAGUAGAAGAUGCACCAUCAACUACUCCAAGAGUAGGACCUUGGCGGAAGAUGUUAACAUCAAAAGAUUCCAAUUUUAUUGGGUUCACUUUCAAGAAAUCUGACGUUCUUAAGUCUGCUGAAACUUCAGGAAUAGACAUGAGUUCCAAUGGACCUCCAAAGCACCCAUCCUUAGUAACCCUACUUGGGAGGAUAGAUUUGCAAGACACGUCAAUUGCAGAGGAGGAAAAUAAGGAGAAAAGCGGCUGAUUCCAUUGAAAACUCGCUUUUCUCUAUCAAAAGUGUAAUUUUUAUGCAGUUAUUUUCUGUAUAAAACCAAAACGAGAAAAAUUCAUCAACUUUGAAGCCUAUACAAAUUUUUGAGCUCAGCAUAUUUCUGUGUGCCACGUGUCUUAUCCACCUACAGGAUUUUCUUCUCAAUGUAGUACUGUAUAUUACUUGUACACUGUAUAUUACUUGAACACUGUACAGUAAAAAAUUCAUUCCGUCUGAUUAUUCUUUUAAUUUUCCAGAACGCCUUUG